AUGCUUUUUAUUGUGAAUCUAACUAUCAAAAGAUCUGGUCAAUUAUCACCAUAAGUUUAUAUUUCAAUAUUAACUGCUAUUUUCACAGCCUUAUCAUCUUUUUAUAAGUAUUAAUUUUCAUUAUUUAUAUUAGAUUUUUGUCAAUAAGACCUACUAAUUUACUUUAAGAAGAUUUUGAUACAUUGGCUUUAAAGUAAAAUGCUAAUUAUAAUUUACAAACUAAAUAAUGCUUACAAGAAGAAUAGUCUUAAAUAUCAAAUUAUAUAAGUUUAUUCAAAAAUCCAAAUCAUGAAUUAAUCCAGAUUGAAUAGUCAGAAGAAGAAAGACAAACACUAUUAAAUUGA